ACGUGUUUCUACUUUUAAUCGGUUUUGUUCGGUUUAUUCGGUUUAAUCGGUUAUAUACCAAACCAUAUCCAAAUCCUACGGUUUUUAUAAAAUUAUAUCCAUUCGGUUUAUAUGGUAUAUACCAAAACCAAACCAUAUUGUCUAUUUCGGUUCGGUUCGGUUCGGUACGGUUCGGUUUUACCAUAUUGAACAGCCCUAGUGUUUUCUGUCAUACGAUUUUAUACUCGGUUUCUUCAGUUUGGUUCGGUUCGGGUUAUCUGGGUUUUUAAUUUUAAUAAGUAGGCUAUUGGUCUUUUAAGGUUCAAAUCGUUUAUAAACAUUUAUGGUAAAGGUUCAAAUAAAUUAUCAAGUUUAGUUAACCUUAUAAGUCUAGAGACAAAAAAAUUCUGCAUACUUUCUGAAUUUGUUAGUUUUGUUGAAUUUGGUUGACUCAUUAUAAUCCUCAGCGCAAUUCAGGUUAUAAUAAAAAAAAAAAAAAAAAAUUCAGGUUAUAAUAAUAAGAACAGGUACCAGUUCGCAACGAUGAAUUUCAAUUUGGUUAAGCUUGGUUUGUUUCAGAUUUAUUCCCAUUGCCCCCACUCCAAUAGGAAAAGAGCUCGUGAUCAACACGUGAGCAUUUUAACAGAGUGCACUACCUGUUGAAGGGUAAUUUGGUCAUUCUAACGAUAAACUACAAUCGUCAAAGUCACCAGAGCGAAUGAAUAUAUAUAGAAAAGAUUACAUCAAAUCUCUUUCUCUUCAUGAUUUAUCCUUUUCUCUGAGAACAAACACAAACUUUCUCAGGAAAAAUCAGUAUGGCGUCUUCUUCAGGCAAUCGAAGCAACAACAGUGGAGCUUCUUCAUCUCACCCUCCUCCUCCCAUCACUUCAUCUCGUCUCUACAUCGCCAACAAAGCCAAAGAGAUCCUCGCGACACGCGACGCCACAGGAAUCACCAGACUCGUCACGAACCUCUGCUACGCCAAAGAAUCAGACGAAUCAUCGAGUCUCCUCUACAACACCUUCAAGAAUCAUUUCCCGAAUCUCUUAGCCGUCAAACUCCUCCACGCAUACAGAUUCAUGACGACGACGGCGGCGUUUCCCUCCUCCUCUCGCUCAGGCCUUCGAUCUUACCCCCUCGAACUCCUCACUUCGCUUCUCAUCGAUCUCGAAGAGUCUAACGUCGCGUUGAAAACAGAGGCGCUGAAGGACAUGAAGGAGCAUCUUAACGCUUGCCUUGUACUUCAAGAAACCUCUGAUCGUGAGUUUAAGCUCCUCUCGAGAAUCGUAUCUCUCGUCUCCGUUGAUUUCUUCAUCGAAUCCAUCCCGUGGGAGGAGCUCUCUUCCUUCAUCCUCUCUUUAAAUGACAAGAAAAUGCUACUGAUGUUCGUGGAGUUACCGACUGUUCUCGACGAAGGUUUCUUGAAACCGUUGCUGGAGAAUGAUCUCGCGUUCAAGAUCGUUAAAGCCUUGUUUCAUCAAGAUGAUGAAGAAUGGUGUUUAGCGUUGGAAGCUGGUUUUAAUCUGAUGCUGCAGCUGAUAAACUUGGAGAGGAAAGAUUUGGUUUGGGACUCGGUUUACGCGAUUGUGAGUUCGGUUUGGGAGAUGGUUAACGUGCGGAAACGAGAUACGGUUGUGCGUAAAGGGCUGUUGAGGUUAGUGAGGAAAGUGCGUGGUGAAGCUAUGAGGUUUCGUGGGCGUGAGUAUGAGUUCGUGUCGCGUUUGGCUUUGAUGAUUAAGAGGAUCGAUGGACUUGGAGAUGAUACGAAGGUUGCUGCGAAGAUGAUUCAUGAUGUUCUUGAUAGGUAUUAUAUGGGAGGUACAGGAUUGGAUUCGGGUUUCGUCCAGGGCCUAAUUGGUAUGCACUCUGCUUAAACCGAUUCUGGGACUUUCGGUUUGUAAUUGGUUACUGAGAAGUCUAUAAAGUUGGGUUCUUUCUUUGAGUUUGUGGAUACGUUUUGAGUCGGUCCAUUAAUGAAAUUAGAGCUGGGAAUGUAUACCAGCGUUUUGUCAAGAUCUUGUUUCCAGAAAAUUGAAAUUUAGAACUUUAGGAAAUUUGAUAUAUUUCAAUGCUUUUCAUUAAACCUUGAGGAAGCAAAACAAUGAAUACUAGGUUAAGAUUAUAUAUAAAAAUUAUUUUAUGUAUUAAAUAUCUUUACAUAUUAUGAAAUAAUAAAUAUAUAUUGAAUAAUUAAAAGUCAUUAACUAUUAAAUAUAUAAUUAAAUUGGUGUGAACAUAUAAAUCAAUUUUAUUAAUCCAAAAAAAUAUUUUUUUUAUUUGAUAGGAUAUGUAAUUAAAUUUAGAUGAUACUAACAUACAUAGUA